UUUUCUGUCAUUUCUUCAGGCCUACACAAUUCAGGGACAGUACGCCAUACCCCAUCCAGAUCAGUUGACCAAGCUCCACCAGUUGGCUAUGCAGCAAACCCCCUUUACCCCCCUCGGACAGACCACCCCUGCUUUCCCUGGUUUGGAUGCCAAUCCACCAGCCAGUACCCAUGAACUCGCCAUUCCCAAUGAUCUAAUAGGCUGCAUCAUUGGACGCCAGGGAACCAAAAUAAACGAGAUCCGACAGAUGUCUGGAGCGCAGAUCAAAAUCGCGAAUGCCAUGGAGGGCUCCUCGGAGCGCCAGAUCACCAUCACAGGGACUCCUGCCAACAUCAGUUUGGCCCAGUAUCUCAUCAAUGCCAGGUUCAGGGACGUGGCUGCCAUGUGGAAUGACCCCUCAUCCAUGACUACAUCCUGAAGUCACCCCAAAUCUGCUUCUGUUUGCAAAAGCUAACAUCAAAACCGCUGUUUCACAAUGAACCUCUGUGUGUUAUCCCAUUGAACUUCCCCUUUAGACUCCCUUGCACAACACUUAGCAUUAGCCAAUACAAUUGAUAACACUGUCAUUAGUUUUUAAAUGAUGGAGCCAGUGUAUCGUUUAGAAUAGUUUGACAUUUUUGUCAAAUUCUGUUCUUAUAAUUGCUCGGGGUCAGAUAAUACGGUUGAUACCACUUUCAUCUCUGUCCGUUAAAUAUGUAACCAUAUCCAGGAGAAGGUUAGCUUAGCUAGCUAGUCAGAAGCUUAUGGUGGGUUCAAUUUGUAUUUGAAAGUCGGAAAUUGGAGUUGUGAAUUACGCCUCACCCUUUUCAACAGAAACAGUUCUAAGCCAGUUCUAGACAUUCAAGCUUUAGCGACCAAUACCAGUUUACAAGGUAUUAUAUUUUGUGCAUACACUUAAGCAACAGGUCCACAAAUAAAAGUUGUACGGUAUUGUGUGUAUAGAUAUACUAAUAAACUGUAAAUUAAGAUAUAUUUUACUUAACAGCCAUCUUGGAAUUUGAUGUCUGGGUGAUGAGAUACUCCCAACAUUCCUUAUUGGAAAUGCUACUUCAGGGGGUUUUCGGCUUAAUUUUCUUCGAGUAGAAAAUGGGAAAUGUCAUUAAACCGUUACAAAUUGAACGCAUCAGUUUGCUUGGCUCUGUCUAAAGGAGACAAUCAUUUUGCUUACCCGCACCUAUAAAGCUCACUCAUUAACAUGGUGGCACCCUCACAUUGAGAUAAAGGCUCCAGGAAGUCAUGCCUUUUUUUGUGACAUGCUCUGUUAUGCUAUGCUAAACACCUCCUGGCUGCAACUUUAACAUAAGGGAGGUAUUAACCUUCUCAUUUUGCUGUAAGAAAAAAAAAGCACAUUUCAAAAUGUCUAAUUAUUUCUUUAAGUGUUUAAUUAGCAUGCCUUAUUCCAAGAAUAAUAUUGUCUUUCUGUUUUUCAUUGUUCUAUUGGAUAAAUGUGCCUAUUUAGUCCUAUUGUGUCAUUGUCUGAAAUAGUAAAAUGAAUAAAAAAUGUAAAAUAAAUAAAAGUAAAAAAAGACAAAACACAUGUCUGCCAAUCGA